AUGACGGGACACCUGGGGCCAGGAGAGGGCCGUGACAGGGUCCCCGGGGCCAUGACGGGACACCUGGGGCCAGGAGAGGGCCGUGACAGGGUCCCCGGGGCCAUGACGGGACACCUGGGGCCAGGAGAGGGCCGUGACAGGGUCCCCGGGGCCAUGACGGGACACCUGGGGCCAGGAGAGGGCCGUGACAGGGUCCCCGGGGCCAUGACGGGACACCUGGGGCCAGGAGAGGGCCGUGACAGGGUCCCCGGGGCCAUGACGGGACACCUGGGGCCAGGACAGGGCCCGAAGCCUCCGCGCAUCUUUCAGUUCACCCCUGACAACACAUCUGUGUUCGUGCAGUGCAGUGCCUUCCAGAGCCACGGCUACCACCUGUUCCAGACCAUGAAGUUCACCGUGCAGGACAUAAACAACUCCAGCACCCUCCUCCCCAACAUCACCUUGGGCUAUGACAUUUAUGACACAUGUUCGGAGUCUGCCAACAUAUAUGCAACAUACCAGGGUCUCCUGGCUGUCGUUGGGCCUGACAGCACUAAACUGGCCCUCACCACAGCACCUAUCCUCAGUGUCUUCCUUAUACUGGAGGUAAGCUUACCACAGCAGCCUUUGCAGAUUAGUUAUGAAGCCUCUGUGGAAAAACUGAGUCUGAAGCGGUUGUACCCCUCGUUCUUGCGCACUGUUCCCAGUGAUAGGCAGCAGGUGAAGGCCAUUGUACUGCUGCUGCAAAGGUUCGGGUGGACUUGGGUUGCUCUGCUGGGCAAUGACAACACCUAUGGCAGAAGUGGAUUAGAGGCCCUCCACGAGCUGCUGAGCGCAAACGACAUCUGCAUCGCCUACCAAGGCAUCAUCCCCUCGAACAAGGAUGCCAGCAGCCCGCAGCUCCACGACACGGUCAGAGUCCUCACAGAUAUCAGGGUCAAUGCCACCAUCAUCUUCUCCAGCAAACAAAUUGCCCGCCCUUUCUUUGAAGUGGUGGUCCAGGAGAACAUCACAGGUAUGGUGUGGGCACUGAAGACUGCUCUAGCCCAAACAGUGUGGCAUGUGCCUGGCAUCCAGAAUAUCGGCUCUGUGAUUGGGCUGUCAAUCAAGCAGACAGAGUCCAUGACACUGAAACAUUCUGAAUCUUGGAAAAAGGCAGAGGAAAGAGCCAGCAGCACAGGGGCAGGUGGGGGAAACGGGGGGAGCAGCAGAGAGAGUGCCCAGCUGAACUGCACCCAAGGCUGUACAGGAUGCCAAUUGCUCACCACCGCCCCUGAUGAGUACGACACUAAAGCCUCGUACAGCACGUACACAGCGGUGUACGCUGUGGCCCAUGGGCUCCACGCCCGGCUGGGCUGUGCCUCAGGAGCAUGCAGCAAAGGCAGAGCCUAUCCUUGGCAGGUAAGAGCAACACAAGGAAAGACCUUCCUCCCUUUGUGGUGUGGAUUUUCACCAUGAAGCGGUUACCCCUUGUGCGCGGGGGUUUCCGAUCCCCCUCAAAGACUCGUCUCCAAGCAGAAGAAAGGCUGUUUUGGCAGCUAGGGCACUGUUACAGCAUUCAGAACUGAGCUCCCCACACUGCUGCAGGUUGUAAGUCCCAGCCUCUGGCCAUGUGGAUCAGUGCAGACUGUCUCUCAAAGCCUUCCCCUUAACUGAUGUGUCCAACUGUGUGAGUCACUGUCUGCUUUCAGCUUUCCAUCUCAAUACUGCACAGUGGCUGCCUUGUGGGCUUCAGCUGCCCAUCACAGACAAAGCAGCCUGGAUGGAUCCAGGCCUGCACUCCGGGUCACUUCUAUUCCUCUACCACUAGUCCCUGGCAGAAACGUGGAAGAGCUUUUCUGCAGCGGGGCAUACGCUAGCUGUUGAGAAAUUUGAGAGAGGAGACAGCAGCAGAAAAGGAGACCUCUAGCACCUCUCCCACCUGAGAGAAGGCUCCCCUCAGUGGGAGUCUCGGCAUCAUGAAGGGCUUUUCUCUUACUCCUUUGUUUUGCAGCUCCUAGAAAAAAAUCAGGCAAGUAAACUUCAGCCUGCACGAGAACCAGAUCUCUUUUGAUGCCAACGGGGACGUUCUUAAAGGAUACGACAUCAUCACGUGGAAUUGGAAAGGUCCAAGCUGGUCCUCUGAUGUAGUUGGAUCUUUCAGUGUAAACCCUGACAGAAUGAGUAUUGACCAGGACAAAAUCCUAUGGCACACAAAAGAUAGCCAGGUACUCAGGUACUGUUCCGCAUCCAAGUCAUAUUUAUUGUUCAUGAUCAAGCCAACUACAUUCCCACAAUGGAUUCUUUGGUGUUUUCCCAUAACAGGACUAAUCUGAGGGCACAAAGCAGCAGUAUGGGGCUGGGAGGACCUCCAUGUUCCCACCACUCUAACCAAAAUCCAAAGUAUAACCAGGGCACACGAGCCUAAAAGGCUCCCAACUUCUGCUUUUACCUUUACUUUAAACAAUCUCAUUUCCUCAACACCACCACUGGGCGGGGGGAUAAAAAAAGAAAAAGAAAGGGAGAGAGAGAGAGAAAGAUUCAGAUGAAAAGCUAUCAGCCGCUGCCCAGGGUUUAUCCUGAAAUUAAGGGCAGCAAGCUUGCCAAAUGCUACCCAGUGCUAGGCCUUGUGCUCAGCUUGAUCUGUCCUACCGCCCACUCUGUUUGCGCUGCCACAGAGGCUCAGCCUCUGCGCACCUGAUUGUUGCUGUGCUCCCAGCAGGCUCCUGUCUUAGUGUGCUCCAUGGCCUGUCAAGCAGGGGAGAAGAGGCUGCAGCACAGUCACCACAGAUGCUGUUUCAGCUGUGCGGCCUGCCAGCAGGAACCUUCCUCAACAGAACGGGUCAGUAAAUCCUGAACGGCUUCCCGCACCCCCUUGUUGCUCUGCUCCUCUGACUGCACCUUUCCUCCCUGUUCUGGCUGCCCCCUGCUUCUGUCUUACCCUUUCCCCUUCACGCAGCCCCAGCAGCUGUCUCAAUCCCUCUCAUUGUCUUUUCCUCGCUAUGAUAAGUAAAUAUUUUUGAGUUCACCUAAAUGCAGGUCACUGACUAUUCUAUUUAAAUACUUGCGAGUAUGCAAAAACCAGUCCCUGUGCUUGAGUGCAACCUGGGCCCAGCGCUCUGCUGGGCAAAGCUGCUAACAGAUGGUUCCACACAGUCAAAUGACCAGCUGAGGUAGUGCCCGCAGAGCCCCCUUGCUGAUGUGCUCUGCCGCUUCCUCUUGAGGCCAGGAGCAAGGGAGGAUCUGCCUUGACAGCUGCUUCCUGCACCACAUCCCCUGGAAGGGAAAUUCAGCCCCAUGCUGCCUUUGUUCCCUGGAUGGCAAUGAGUCCUUCCACAUCAUGUGGUCGCUAGCAGCUCCGACUCCUCGGGGCGUAUGGAAAUGUGUCGUGCUUGGGACUGGCGGCAGGAUCGUCUCAUCUCAAGCGCCCUAGCCGCAGCUCUGAACCUAUUGCCAGCAGGUGCCCCUGGCCAUGUGGCAGCCUCAGUCUGCCCUUCCACUGAGUGAGGAAGAAACAGCCAGCUUUGGGUAACAGCAGGCACGGGGAACCUCCGCCAAUGGUCUCCAAACAUGCCUGGCUGGUGUUACUUUUCCCCUACCCACACCACAGCCUGCAGAAGCAGAGCUGCUGCAGACACACGCCAGUCUUUGCGGGCCUCUGGCUACUGCUGGAUGUAACUUCCCCUCCUGGCUUGGACCUCAGCCCAUUCAGCUGUAAGCCCUGUCUCGCCCAGCUGAGCUCCUGUGGCCCGCAGGCAAGGUCCCUUCCACAGCCUGCCACAGCGUGCUAAGGGCACGCAGAGCUGCGUCCCUUAUCUCCUGGGUUUGCUGCCUUUCAUCCCAAGCAGUGGGCUCUGUUUUGGAAAAGGAGCCCCACUGCUACCAAAGGCUUGGAAGCGCCCAAGCGGAAGGAGCAGAGUCCGAGGGGCCCGAGGAGCAGGCAGUCCUAGCUAGAGCCCACGGGUGGUGGGAGGGGUGGCGCUCCAGGCAGGCAGAUCUCUUACCUGGAUCCAUGGUGUAGGAGGCGCCUCAGCUCCCGCCUGGGCUCGUGUCCUCCGCAGACCUCUGUGCUUGCCAGGCUUGCGGGAAAGAUGAGUGGGCCCCAGCAAGGAGCAAAGCUUGCUUCAACCGGACCCUUGAUUUCCUGUCCUGGGCCAACCCCAUCUCCUGGGCCCUGCUGACUCCCAUCGCCCUCCGCAUGCUGCUCGUGGCAGGGCUGGCUGUUGUCUUUGCCCUGAACAUCUCCGCACCCGUGGUCAGGUCAGCAGGCGGCAAGACGUGCUUCAUCAUGCUGGGCGCGCUGGCCUGCGCCUGCAGCAGCUUCUUCUGCUACUUUGGCGAGCCCGCCAGGCUCACGCGCGUGGUGGGUCUCCCGCUGUUCUCCAUCAGUUUCACCGUUCUGCUCUGGCGUGUCACGACUCGCUCCUUCCAGAUCGUCUGCAUCGCCAAGCCCAGCAGGAAGCGGCCUGCCCCCUGCGAGGCCUGGACGAGGCGCAGGGGGCCCGCGCUGCUCAUC